CUACUCACAACUUAGACUCAAAUACGGGCAAAUUGCUGAUAAAAUAAAUACUCAAAGUAGUAGAGAUACUAUAACUAUGUCUUAUUUACAUAAUGAUGAUAGAUAUAAAGAUUGUGAUAAAUCUGACUAUAAAAGUAUGGUCUUUACUACGAACCUAACUAGUGGUGUCCUAAUUCUCGAUAAUGAACAAUUUACCCGUAUUUUAACAGAGAAUAAAUUUAAUAAUGACAUCAUCAAAAAAUUAUCUUUGGAUGAAAAUCUCUGGAAUCCAAGCAUGGAUUAUUGGAAUGAGAUAAAGAAUAUAGUAAAUCCUAAAGCCAAAAAAGGUAGUUUUUUAUUUAUUGUUUGA